ACAUUGUAAUGAGAUUUUUACAAGUUUAGUAAAUUGUGAAGUUGAAACAGUGUAUUUAUUCCCAUGGAGAAUGGUUGCUUUUUUCAGUGGUUUCCUGUUGGCAGCCAAACGAAGCCAGUGUUUCGUCCUUUCAAGUAUGGCUAUGGAAGGCUAUCUAGGGUUUCUCACUUCUUUCACGGGGUGCCCUAUUCUUUGGAACAACGAAACAGAAGGAAAAAGAGUAGCUAUCAAACGAAGCUACUAACGUGUUCGAGGUUUGACAAAAUAAAUGGAAGGCGUUUAUCUGACGUUGUCGAAUUGCCUAAAAAUAUGUCGCCAAGUGUUUGCCGUGAUACUUUUCUGGAAGCGAUGAAAGAAGUUGGAGGAACAAAGGUUGGUGAAAUUAGAAGAGGUCGGAUUGUGCAAUUUGCGAAGGAAGGUCUAUUUAUAGAUUUGGGUAUUGAAAGGAUAGCCAUUUUACCAAGAGAAGAGUUGUGGCUUGAGCGCAACAAAAGUCCUCGUGAACUCUUCAAGGAAGGAGACGAACUCGAAGUAGAAGUUCUGCACCCAAGAGACAAUUUUGACCUUGUCGUUUCAGAGGUUUCCGUUAGAAGACGCAAGUGUUGGAAUCGAGUGAGCGAGUUUUAUUUCACGUCAAAGAGUUUUCCUGUGUUAGUACUCGGUUGUAAAAAUAAUGGCUUGAUAGUUCGAUAUGACUGUAUAGAAGGAUAUCUUCCCAUAGAACAUCUUAUUCCUAGUAAGACUGUAAGUCAAGUUAUGAACACAGAGUUAGAAGUGAAGGUGCUCAGUCUGGAACCAGAAGCGAAUAAUUUGGUAGUUUCUCAGCGUCUGACUAUUACUGAAAAACGCGAGAAAGAGUUGAACGUUGGAAGCAUUGUCAAAGGUGUUGUACGAGCGGUUCGAGAUUAUGGCGUGGUAGUCGACUUGUAUGGUGUUCUCGGUCUUCUUUUCGUCAAGGAUAUUUCUUGCGAUCCUGUUGAAGACCCAUCAACAGUAUUUAGCGUUGGAGAAACAAUUCAGUGCAUGAUUAUCCACACUGAUAGAAAACGUCAUCGUGUUAUUCUUAGUACCAGAGCUUUAGAGUUACGAAGCGGGGAAAUGUUGAAGGACAAAACUAAGGUUUUCGAGAAAAAAAAAGAAGCACUAAAGCGAGUUGGGAAAAUUCUGGAAGAGCGUUCUUCACGUCGCAAAUGUUUCUUUGGUAAAACCUUUCCUGUACAGAACAUUCAACCAAAAUAAAAUAACAAUUGUAUUUCAUUUUGUCACGAGU